AAACUCCCUCUUCUUCUUCUUCUUCUUCUUCUUCUUGGAUACGAACACCACAUAUGGCAGGAUUGGCAGCCAUGCCCAUUCGAUUAUCAUUCUUCUCGGGUCCCAGGACUGCUAUAGAAAUGAGGAAUAUCAUGACAGAUGUUAUUCAAUCAAGUAGCACCAAUAUGCGAUUACCGAGCAGUCAAAGAAGAGUUACUUCUUUUCGUCGCUUGGUGAAGUCUGUCCAAACCUCCACUCAUAUGUCUGUCCCAGGCACUUCAUCAACGAGGGAAGAAAAAGUUCCGUCGAGCUUCUUGAGGGACAAGAAGGUGGCUCCUGAUUCAAAUCCUCCUAGCAUGCAAGAUGUCAACCUUUUGUAUCAGUUUUUCGAUCAGAGUACCAAGCUAGUGGUAUUGACCGGAGCUGGAAUUAGCACAGAAUGUGGUAUUCCCGACUACAGAAGUCCAAAUGGAGCUUACAGUUCUGGUUUCAAACCAAUUACCCAUCAGGAGUUUCUCCGCUCUACUCGGGCUCGCAGACGUUAUUGGGCAAGGAGUUAUGCUGGGUGGAGACGGUUUAAUGCUGCACAGCCCAGUGCAGCUCAUACUGCUUUAUCAUCUCUGGAAAAAGCUGGUUGGAUUGACUUAAUGAUUACACAGAAUGUUGAUAGGUUGCAUCAUCGUGCUGGUAGCAAUCCAGUUGAAUUGCAUGGUACUGUAUAUAACGUGAUUUGUGUAGAUUGUGGUUUUUCCUAUUGCCGGCAUAUAUUCCAGGAUCAACUUAAGGCCCUUAAUCCAAAGUGGGCAGCGGCAAUUGAAAGUUUGGACUAUGGAAACCCUGGAUCAGACAAGACCUUUGGCAUGACACAAAGGCCUGAUGGUGACAUUGAGAUUGAUGAAAAAUUCUGGGAGGAGGAUUUUGACAUCCCUACAUGCCAAAAGUGCAGUGGAGUGCUGAAGCCUGAUGUUGUCUUUUUCGGCGACAAUGUUCCCAAGGACAGAGCUGAUAGGGCAAUUCAAGCUGCAAAAGAAUGUGAUGCUUUUCUUGUACUAGGAUCAUCUGUAAUGACGUUUUCUGCCUUUCGGCUUGUCAGGGCUGCACAUGAGGCAGGUGCUGCCACUGCAAUUGUAAAUGUUGGAGCUACUCGAGCUGAUGAUUUUGUACCGUUGAAAAUCAAUGCUCGACUAGGAGAGCGUUACAGAUUUUGCCAAGAGUGCUUCACAUGGGAUCCCUCAGCGUCCCUGCUUCCAGGUGACACUAUUCGGAAAUGGUUUGGAUUAUCAGAAGCUUUUGGCGCCACAGGAGGUUCAGAUGAUUGUAAUGGUCUAUUUUGUCUAUUCUUUAAAUGUGUUUAUAAAGCUCUGCACUAACUGUAUUAUAUUAACAAUGAAUUCUUAUU